AUGAAUGGUGAGAAGAAAAUAAGGAAUGUUUAUGCAGCAGUUCUCACAAUAAAAAAGAUUCGUGCAAAGCUUUGGCGACUUGGAGCAGUAGUGGUUUUUGUUCUGUCAGCUGGAGUCGAAACGUUGGAUUCUCCUGAUGCUGCUAUUAAGAUACCUCCAUAUCAGCUAAGGGAGAAGUGUCUCCUUCCUCUCCAACUGGCUCUGGAAUCAAAGAGCAUGAAGUUGGCCCAACAGGCUCUAGCAGGGAUGCAGAAGCUCUUGUCUGAUGAGAGGUUUGUAUCCGUGGAAACAGACUCAGAUGAAAAACAGUUGCUUAAUCAGAUGCUGAAUGCCGUCAAAGUGACUCCUUCGCUCAACGAAGACCUGCAGGUUGAAGUGAUGAAGGUCUUGCUCUGUAUAACAUAUACCUCCACAUUUGAGCUGAAUGGGAGUUCAGUGUUGAAGAUUGCUGAGUUGUAUUUUGCAUGCCAUAGAGCUGGAAGUCCCCGAUUGCAUGAAAUGAUCCAAAUGUCUGUUGCACACCUCCUUGGGACCCUGAGCUCUCGCAUUUUUACUGGUGCUUCUUCAUCAAUGGCUUUUCAAAAGGUUUGCAUUGAGACAUAUGUAUCUAGCUGUCACCAGCGGAGCAUUAACACCGCUGUGCGGGCAACCCUCAGCCAAAUGUUGAGUGACUUGACUUUACAGUUACGACAAAAGCAAGAAAACAUGACAAUUGAAAACCAUGACGCUUUGCAGAAAUUCAAGAAUCAAGGUACUUCAGCUGAGUCUCUUUGUGAUGAUGUUGUAUCUGUCCUCACUGUGCUCUGUGAGAAGCUCCAGGCUGUCAUAAAUGACAAUCGGCAACUUCAGCUUCUUUACUUGGAGUGCAUCCUCUCCAUGUUAAACAGCCUCUCUCCCAGCAUGCACCAGCACAAAGGAUUCACUGAUCUAAUAUGGAAGCAACUGUGUCCAGCCCUAGUAGUAAUCCUGGGAAAUCCAAUCCAUGACAAAACUAUCACCUCUGCCCACAGCAGCAUCUGCCUUGAGGCUGAUUCACCUUCCCCUGGGAUCUCUGAUCAUGGCCGGGGUUCGGGUUGUUCCUCCACAGCACCUGCCCUUAGUGGGCCUGUUGCACGGACCAUAUAUUAUAUUGCAGCAGAACUGGUUCGACUGGUGGGGUCAGUGGAAUCCAUGAAGCCUGUGCUGCAGUCUCUCUAUCACCGGAUAUUGCUUUACCCACCACCUCAGCACCGAGUAGAAGCCAUCAAAAUUAUGAAAGAGAUACUUGGCAGUCCUCGGCAGCUUUGUGAUUUAGCAGGGCCCUGCUGUUCUGAGUCAGAAGCCAGGAAGAGGUCUAUUUCUAAAAGGAAGUCCCAUCUGGAUCUUCUCAAGCUUAUCAUGGACGGGAUGACAGAAGCAUGCAUCAAAGGUGGUAUUGAAGCAUGUUAUGCUUCAGUGUCCUGUGUCUUUGCCCUGCUUGGAGCAUUAGAUGAGCUGAGCCAAGGGAGGGGUCUCAGUGAAGAGCAGAUCCAGUUGCUGCUCCGGCGCUUAGAAGAAUUGAAGGAUGGGACUGAGACGAGCAGGGACUCCAUGGAGAUCAAUGAUGCCGACUUUAGGUGGCAGAGGCGCAUCCUGUCCUCAGAAAAUCCUGCCUGGGAAUCAGGAAAUGAGAAAAGUCCUGAUAUUAGCAUUAGCGUUACCACAGACACUGGUCAGACCACUUUGGAAGGGGAUAUGGGACAGACAACUCCAGAGGAUAAUCCAGAAAGCCAAAAAAACUCACUGCCAUCUCCAGCUGGACACGAAAGCAAAGAGAUUCAUUAUAGAGAACUAGAGUCAGAAACCAUCGACCAGCCAGACGUCGUUCAGAGAAGCCACACCAUAGUCUAUCCAGAUAUAACUAACUUCUUAUCAGUUGAUUGCAAGACUCGGUCCUAUGGAUCCAGAUACAGUGAAAGUAACUUCAGUGUAGAUGACCAGGACCUUUCUAGGACUGAAUUUGAUUCAUGUGAUCAGUAUUCCAUGGCAGCAGAGAAGGACUCGGGCAGGUCAGAUGUCUCAGAUAUAGGCUCGGACAAUUGCUCCCUGGCUGACGAGGAGCAGACACCACGGGAUUGUCCAGGUCACAGAUCCUUACGUACUGCUGCUCUUUCUCUGAAAUUGCUGAAAAACCAAGAAGCAGACCAGCACAGUGCACGACUGUUUAUCCAGUCACUUGAAGCUCUUCUUCCUCGGCUUAUAGCUCUUCCCAGCAUUGAGGAGGUGGAUGGAGCACUGCAGAGCUUCUCUUCAACAUUCUGCUCAGUUACUCACCUUAUCCACGCCCCCAAAGUGACGACAGUGGAAAGUCCGAGAAGGCAGCAGCACAGAACUUUCAAACCCUCACGAGGUAUGAUGCACUCACCAGGAUUUGAGGGAAACCUAAAUUUCAGCUUCCAGACUCUGAUGAAUGCAGACAGUCUCUACAUGGUCUCACAUUACACUCUGCUGCUCAACCUAAAAUUGGCCAACUCGGAUUACUACAGAAAGAAGCCUGCCCAAGCCCCUGUGUUGCUGAAGGAGUUCAUGAAGCAGGUCCAGUCCAGUGGUGUGUUGAUGGUAUUUUCCCAGGCCUGGGUUGAAGAACUGUACCACCAGGUACUAGAAAGGAACAUGCUGGGGGAAGCUGGAUAUUGGGGAAGCCCUGAAGAGCACAGCCUUCCACUUAUCACCAUGCUGACCGACAUCGAUGGCUUGGGAAGCAGUGCGAUUGGUGGCCAAUUGAUGGCAUCUGCUUCAGCUCAGUCUCCUCUUUCCCAAAACCGGAAGACAGAUGAUUCUGUUGUUGCAGGAGUUGCCUUUGCCCGAUACCUUUUAAUUGGCUGUUGGAAGAACUUGAUUGACACUUUGUCCACACCACUGACUGGCCGCAUGGCAGGCAGCUCCAAGGGGCUGGCUUUCAUCUUGGGAGCAGAUGGAGCCAAGGAGCAGAACCAAAAGGAGAAGGACUCCAUCUGUGUGAGCCUGGAUGGACUGAGGAGGGCGGCCCGGCUGAGCUGUGCUCUAGGAGUUGCUGCUAACUGUGCAUCUGCUCUUGCCCAAAUGGCUGCUGCCUCCUGUGUCCAAGAAGAAAAAGAGGAAAAAGAAAUCCAAGAGCCCAGUGAUACUAUAGCUCAAGUGAAACAGAAAGUGGAGCAGAAACUGGAGCAGAUGGGGAAAGUGCAGGGCGUCUGCCUGCACACUGCUCAUGUUUUGUGUAUGGACGCAGUCCUUAACGUGGGCCUGGAGAUGGGAAGCCACAAUCAGGACUGUUGGCCUCAUGUGUUCAGGGUGUGUGAGUACAUCAGCACACUGGAGCAUACCCACUUCAGUGAUGGUGCUUCUCAGCCCUCCCUUACCAUCACCCAGUCACAGCAGGCACCUGGAGGGCUGCACCCAGACUCUGAGCCUGGGGAGUCUCCCCAGGUGCUGACCCCUCAGCAGGAGACGACCCUUAGCAGCAAUCCUGUCAUUCAGCCGGUUUCUAUACAAGAACUCAUCAAAGAGAGCAGUAAGGGCAGAGCUUUUGACUUCCGUGGAGGCAGCCUGCUGUGUGGAACCAGUGCUGCCAAGGCUGUUCUCACACUCUCCACACAAGCCGACAGGCUUUUUGAAGAUGCUGCUGACAAGUUAAACUUGAUGGCACUGGCAGGCUUCCUUUACCAGCUCAAGAAGGCUUCUCAGGCCCAGCUUUUCCAUUCAGUCACAGAUACAGUUGAUUACUCCCUAGCAAUGCCAGGUGAAGUAAAAUCUACUCAGGACAGGAGAAGUGCACUUCACUUGUUCCGACUUGGUGAUGCCAUGCUCAGAAUUGUAAGGAGUAAAUCUCGCCCGUUGCUCCACCUCAUGCGCUGCUGGAGCCUGGUGGCUCCUCACCUUGUAGAGGCUGCCUGUCAUAAGGAGAGGCAUGUGUCUCGGAAGGCUGUCUCCUUCAUCCACGACAUCCUUACUGAAGUGCUGACAGACUGGAAUGAGCCUUCUCAUUUUCACUUUAAUGAGGCACUUUUCCGCCCCUUUGAGCGUAUCAUGCAGCUAGAGCUAUGUGAUGAGGAUGUCCAAGACCAGGUGGUCACCUCUAUAGGAGAGUUGGUGGAAAUGUGUUCUACCCAGAUCCAGUCAGGAUGGAGACCCCUGUUCAGUGCCCUGGAAACAGUGCACAGCAGCAGCAAGUCAGAGGUUAAAGAGUACCUUGUAGGAGAAUACUCUAUGGGGAAACGCCAGGCUCCGGUGUUUGAUGUCUUUGAAGCAUUUCUAAACACAGACAGCAUCCAGGUCUUUGCCAAUGCCGCCACCAGUUAUAUUAUGUGCCUUAUGAAGUUUGUCAAAGGACUGGGGGAAGUAGAUUGUAAGGAGAUGGGCGACUGUGUGCCAGGAUCAGGAUCUGCAUCUACAGACUUGUGCCUUCCUGCGCUUGAUUACCUCAGGAGAUGUUCUCAGUUGUUAGCCAAAAUCUAUAAAAUGCCCUUGAAACCCAUGUUCCUCAGUGGCCGGCUGAUUAACUUGCCCCGAAGAGUGCAGGAACAGUCAGCCAGCAGUGAGGAUGGUAUUGAGUGCAUCCUUUCUGACUUUGAUGACGACACUGGCCUUAUCAAUGUCUGGAUUAUUCUGCUGGAAGAAUUAACAACUGCUAUAUCCAACUGUCCCCGUCAGCACCAGCCUCCUACUUUGGAUUUGCUCUUUGAAUUGCUGAGGGAUGUUGCCAAGACACCUGGACCAGGAUUUGGCAUUUAUGCAGUUGUGCAUCUUCUUCUGCCCACGAUGUCUCUUUGGCUCCAUCGCAGCCAUGGUGACCAUUCUUACUGGGAUGUGGCAUCUGCUAAUUUCAAGCAUGCCAUUGGCCUUUCCUGUGAACUCGUAGUGGAGCACAUUCAAAAUUUCAUACACUCAGAUAUUGGUUAUGAAAAUAUGAUCAAUACCAUGCUGAAAGAUCUUUUCAAGUUGCUGGUAGCCUGUGUAGCAGAACCAACGGAAAUUAUUUCCAGAGUUGGCUGCUCUUGUAUCAGGUAUGUGUUAGUGACAGCAGGGCCUGUUUUUACCGAAGAGAUGUGGAGGCUUGCAUGUUGUGCCUUGCAGGAUGCGUUCUCUGCCACUCUGGAGCCAGUAAAGAACCUGUUGGGCUAUUUCCACAGUGGUUCUGAAAGCUUUAGUGGCGAUGCCUGUGAAGUGAAGGUGGCAGCCCCCUCCCUCUCACCAAGUGCUGAAGCUGAAUACUGGAGAAUCAGAGCCAUGGCACAACAGGUCUUCAUGCUGGAGACUCAGUGCUCCCCAAAGACCCCUAGCAACAAGGAAGGGUUUGAACAUGCUCAGUCGUGCGUGCUUGUUAUUGACCUGCCACCAGAUAAGAAACCAAAUGGGCAUACCCAGAGAAGGAAGCUGGGUAUUCCUUUCAGGACGAUAGUGGUGAGCUUGCUGUCCCACCAAGUAUUGCUCCAGAAUUUAUAUGACAUCUUACUGGAAGAAUUUGUGAAAGGCCCUUCUAACUUGGAGGAGAAAAUGACAAUACAAGUACCAGAAAACAGGUUAGCUGGUUUUCUUAGGUACAUCUCCAUGCAAAACCUGGCUGUCAUCUUUGACUUACUGCUGGACUCCUAUCGAACAGCCAGAGAGUUUGACACCAGACCUGGAUUGAAGUGUUUGCUGAAAAAAGUGUCUGGCAUUAGUGGAGCUGCCAACUUGUAUCGCCAGUCAGCAAUGAGCUUCAACAUCUACUUUCACGCUUUGAUUUGUGCAAUCCUGACAAAUCAGGAGAACAUCACUGCAGAGCAAGUGAAAAAGAUCCUCUUUGAAGAUGAUGAGAGAAGCACAGACUCAUCACAGCAGUGUUCUUCAGAAGAUGAAGACAUUUUUGAAGAAACUGCCCAGGUCAGUCCCCCACGAGGGAAGGAGAAGAGACAGUGGAGGGCUCGAAUACCAUCUUUGAGUGUUCAGCCCAUCAGCAAUGCAGACUGGGGAUGGCUAAUCAAGCGGCUUCAUAAGCUCUGUAUGGAACUGUGCAACAACUAUAUCCAGAUGCAUCUGGACCUGGAGAAUAAUAUAGAGGAGCCUCCAGUGUUCAAAGGUGACCCUUUCUUCAUUUUACCAUCCUUUCACUCAGAAACCUCCACCCCAUCAACUGGAGGGCAAUCUGGGAAGGACACACCAUCAGAAGAUGACCGGAGUCAAAUCAGGGACCAACUGGGAGAGAGCCUGACACCCCGAGGAGGGAGUGGAGAAAUGUUGCUGCUACCCCCACCCCUAAGUCCUAAACCAGAGAAAAAAGAGCAAACCAGGAAAAAAGAAUGGUGGGAGAGUGCUGGCAACAAGAUCUACACCAUAGCCACUGACAAAACUAUCUCCAAGCUAAUGACAGAGUACAAGAAAAGAAAGCAGCAACAGGCCAUGACAUCCUUCACCAAAGAGGUCAAAGUGGAAAAAAAAGGGGAGCUCCUGGGUUCAAGAGGGCCAGACUCACCCAUACUCCAGCGGCCACAACAUCUUAUAGAUCAAGGUCAAAUGAGGCAUUCAUUUAGUGCUGGGCCAGAGAUCCUGAGACAAGAGAAGAGACCGCGCUCAGGAUCCACAGUCAGCUCCCUGAAUAUAUCUGUUAGGGAUGCUGAGGCCCAGAUACAGGCAUGGACCAACAUGGUGCUGACAGUUCUCAACCAGAUUCAGGCCCUACCAGACCAAACUUUCACAGCCCUGCAGCCAGCAGUGUUCCCCUGUAUCAGCCAGCUGACUUGCCACGUGACAGAUAUCCGUGUCCGCCAGGCAGUACGAGAAUGGCUGGGAAGAGUGGGCCGAGUUUACGAUAUCAUCAUUUAAACCUAGAUGUGCUGUGUUGCAAAGGGGAGAAGACAUCCAAGGUAUACAGCAAAGAAGUAUUUGGGGUUCAUUAAUUGCCUGUUUGUUGGUGAUAAAUUAAGAAACAAUGAGCUUGUCGAUGUAUACCCCUAUUCACUUAAAACUGUCCCUCACUCACACUAGCAAAGGAGGCAAAGCAUGAGUGUGUCCAGGGGGGUCUGGAAUGGUCCCAGAACCCAGAAACUGCCAGUAAAUCCAGCUGAUACUUCAUUUUAAUUCAAAUUUGCAACAGCGGGAGCCACGAUAAACUGCAUCAAGAACUUCCUUCCACACUUGCAAUUAGCUGUGAACACAACUGUCAUCUGAAUGUCAAACUGGGCCAGUAAGCCUAUGUAACUUUAAAAAAAAAAAAAAAAAAAUAAGCAGGAAAAAGGUGGGGCUAAAGUAAAAAGGUGACAUUGUUUAGGGUAACUUUUUUGCCUUCUGAAAUUAGCAUGAGAGAGGAAAGCCAAAUAAAGAUUAUUGUAGUUACUAUAUGCCUCACUCACUAGAGAAAGUGGAGAUUUAUUUUGCCCUGAGAAGAGCCUUUGAAGUCUGGUCACCUUUGGAGUAGCUAAUAAGUGACUAUUAAAAUAUCACAGGUCUAAAACUGGAAACAAGCACAGACUAUUCAUCCUUUCAUUGCUCUUGUGGAGUAUUGCUUGAAGAGAAAUGGCACUGUCAAGCUGCCCUCUCUACAAAGCUACCCUGACUGCCUCUUCAGCUAUGCCUACCCCUGACAUUUUUCCACAUGUCUAAUUCCCCCUAAGGGCAACAGGGACGUUUGUUUCGCUGGUUUUUGUGAAGCUGAGGGAAAGACAGACCACAGAGCAAAUACCAGCAUGUGCCAAUAUCCAGCAUUCAACUAAGAGUAGAGAUAAAGUGUUCCAGUUUAAGCAACACUGCAGCUAAGUUAGCUUAUACUUCUACUGGAAAUUUAUGUUUGCUUAUAUAGAGCUGCUGUAGCCAGGAACACCCUUACCACCUUUGUUAAACUUAGCCUAUCACUCCACAUUGAGCUGAAUCAAGAUGGAAAAUAGUUUGAUAGGAAGGUAUCUUUUCUGUUUCUCUCCCACUUCUUGUCUGCUACUGUAAAUAGAAGGGGACAGAUCCUCAUGGACCAACACCCUCGUCUAUGUAGCACUCCUAUAGAACUACUAAAAUUUGUUGAUAUUAUGAAGGGGAAGGAUUCACUAUUGUGUUGUCAAAUACAUGUAUGAUGCUCUUCACAGUAGACACAGCAAAGGGUUACCUUGCUGCACAAGUUAUGUCACAGCCCCUGGGACAUGCCAUCUUGUACUCCCAUACUACAUGAUUUGUUGAUUAGAAGUUAAAAUAAUUUGUUAAAAAUAAAUCGAUUUAAAUCUUGGGUGACCCCUCAAUUAUAUUCUCCCAAGGCUUUUAAAAUGUGCAUACCAACUAAAUAUACAGCUUCAGUCCCUGCUCUAAAGCCUCCUCAAAAUGACAUUUCUUUAUAUCAAGUCCAGAUUUUGCAUAACUAACCUAGAAAAACUGAGGGAACCAAGAAGCUCCAUUGAACAGCCAUCACCCAAGCUGAUGUGGGUUUUUUUAUGAAGUCUGCCACUAUCCUCCUGCUUUUUCCUUCUAUUGCCCACUUCCCACUUCUCACCCGCUAGACUUGUGCAGGGAAUAUUUGUCUCAUACCUUUCUGUAGUGUCAGUCACACUGUUUCCCUUUCUUUCAAAACUUCCCUUGGCUAAACUGUUUCAAGGAUAUAAAAAUUCCAUUAAAACUACUCUUCCUUACCACCUACAUUGACUUUAUAAAUGAGUAAUUUAACAAUUUUAUCAAUUGCCAGUUUUCCCCCAGCAGUUUUAGUACUUCCUUAGGGAGGGGUGAGAUUAGCCCUCGGUAUAUGGGAGAGUAGUGACAUGGUUUGAUUUCUGUUGCCAUGUCUUUCUUACACAUCUUUAGGUAGAGUAAAAGGGUGGUUAUACUAUUCAUUAAUGUUUUUAUUGGACAUCUAUACAGAACUGCUUUUAAAGCAGUACAUUAAUUAGCAAAAGAAAUGAGAAUAAAUAAACUAUGCAAAACACCCAACUGCUGUUUUUCAUUACACAUGCAUUGAAUAGAUGCAGAUCCUUGCUGUACUAAUCUAAAACUAAAGCAAAUCCCUAAAUUAUAUUGGAGAAGCAAAACUAGCAUCCAGAAGAGGGUCUACUAUUGGUGGUUUUGUGUUGUGGUUACAAUACAAUAUCCUUCUGUAAAACAGAAAUAAAAACUGUAGGAGUGACAAUACCGUCACCCCCACUCCCCUCUCAAGCCCAUGAACACAUUUGAUUAGCCACCAUCUUGACCCAAAAUAUAAUUUCAUUUCAACUUUUUACACUACAGGUUCUAUACUGGAAAUGAGUAGAAAGUAAAUUUGCUGUAUUGCUGUUGCCCUGUUUUAAACUUUGCCCUCCAAAUUUAUGCACUAAGUGCCCAUUGUCACCCUCAGUGCCUCUGCUCAUUAACACCCCUCCAUAAGAGGUCUUGAGUAACUUUGAGUAAUUCCAGAAAUGUCAUUUAAGAGGAUGGAGGUGAGGAUGAAGGAAUCUUUGAAGCAGCAGGCUUUACAUAAGCAAAAUUUAGCAUGUGCUGCUCUUCCUUUUCCUUGUGUGUAAAUAAGCAGGUGAGGAGAGCAGCCUGUGUCCAUUUCGGGAACUAUUAAUCUGAGAUGUAAAUGCUUUCUGAUGCACCUCCAAAAUAUAAAUGAAUAAAAAAUUGAAUUAGUUCAUUAGUUUCACAGCUUUUCUUUUUUUUCUUUUUUUAGCCAUAGACAUUAGCAAGCCCAAAGAAGUACAGCACUAAACAUGUGAAGUCACCAUUUCAUAGACCUGUGCAACCUGUUUCAUGCAUACUCUGGGUUUAAGGCUGCCAGCGUAAAUUCAGGCCUCACAAAGGAAGCUUUUAGCCCAAAGGAACAGUUGCAGGGAAAGUGUACUGGCACCAGCCUGUCCUAAGCUUCAGAAGGGGACUCCCCAACUCUGAACACCCCAAUCAUGUUCAGCUGUACCAUGCUAUAGUGGCUUUUCUGCUUUCCACUUGUGAGGGGGGAAGCACCUCAGUCAGUAGCACAAAGUAGCCCUUGUAUCCACACAUGUAAGUCUUUCUGACAUAAACCAUUCAAAUCCUUACUUACAGCCCCAUGACAUAAUGCAUGAGCUAACAGCAGCAUAUUACCAGCUUUACUUUUGAAUCAGAGCAUUUGAGCCUUGAAAAAACAGAGUCUGUGUAUUAUAGCCUGAGCUUACUCUUACUUUUUGCUCUGUUUAAUGACCACAUUCUUCUCUUUUCUUGCAUUUACUUUCUUGUCCCAUGAAUUUCUAUAGAGUUUUUUAAAAUUACUUGCCAGUAAUUUUUAUUUAACUGGACUGCUUAAAAAAAAAAAAAAAAGGUGGGUGUGGUGAUAUGACAUCCUUCUCAAGUACAGAGUGGCACCUCUGCUGCCUUUGCCUAGUUCAUACCUCCCACCUCAGGGCCACCACAGCAAUCAGAGGCAACGACAUCACAUUUUAAAAUCUUUAGGCAGCCACUCACAGAGAAAGUUGCUGUUGGCCAGCAUCACCUACCUUUAUGCACAUGGAAUAACUCAUCACUGUGCAAAUAUUUAAAGCUGAAAAAAGCAUCAAGCAGGAAAGUGCUACUUUUCUUGUAUAACAGAAGCAGGGUUUGACCCCAACUGGUCUCAGGCCAUUGCAUAUGUUUGCACUUUAUUCUGUAGUGUGAUUAUAUGUGGAUGUAUGAAACAGUUGAGACAUAUAUGCAGAUAUAUGAGACAGUUGAAACAGAUACAUGAGACAGCAGCCAUGGAAUUACCACCACUAUCUCUUGAUGAGCAUGCUUUCAUAUCUUUAAGAUGUUAAGAUACAGAUUUAAUACUCUCCUAGGGAUAAACACGCAUGUGAGAAUAACUGACUUACUUAAUUUGGCAUCUAGAAGGAAUUAUUAGUGAAAGAUUUACAUAGACCUGGGCAAAACCUUUCUUGUAAAACUCCAAGCACAGGCAACACAGCUUUUGCCUCAUUACAGAUUAAAAAUUCCCAUCAAGGCCAGAGUUGACACUCAUGACUUGUAAGGCACUUUGCCUUUCAAUUUGAGCUUCAAGUUUUGUUUAAAACCUAAAUCUUAGUGUAAAAUUCACUGACAAAUCCUCACAUGCCAAAGAUGCAUCCCCCACCUCUAAACACCUUGUGUUACUACUGUAUGUGAUCUCCACCUGCACUUGAUAUAGUAGCAUCUCAGUGUUGGUAUCUCCACUGCAGAGCGUGAUGCAGCACCAGUAUGAAACUGAGUGGCAAAUGAGUUAGCAAGUAGAGAGGUCCAGCUCUGUGUGCUGCCUGCCCUUCGUACCUCUCGUCACAGCUUUGGCCCACCCUCAGAGUGCCUAAGCUGUUGAAAUCACCACAAGUUACAUACCUGGAUAUCUUUAAUACUCAGGACUCGGUCCUUGAAUCCUUUAGUCCCUACAUACAAGGUCACAAGUUCUCAGGAAAGGGGAAGUGCUGUACAGUUCCUGAUGUCACCCUCUCUGCUGCUGUCCUCUGUACACCUCCUGCUUGAAAAAUUCACAAGACCUGGCACAUAUUCCCAUGCAUCCCAGCACCCCACAACUAGAACUUUCACUUUUGCACAGAUCCAGUUUUAGCAUAUAGGGGGCUGACCAUGGCAAGCCGAAGUAAUUUAUUUCUACAUUGCUCAUUUGUGUAGAAGCUUAUUCAGAAACUGAGCAGGUGGUUUAGCUAUUUUUACCUUCAGCAAUCCAUUCUAGAAAUGCCAUUACUCAGUGAUGACUUAAUUUUAAUUCACUAAAAAAGUGCAUGCUUUCCUUGCCCUUGCUUUUGUGGGCAUGUGCUAAGAUUAUGAUUAAUCAAGAUAUUUACUCAUUACUCCAGUUGUAGUAAUUUCUGUGAAGAUCUGUGUACAGUAUUAAUCAUGGUAUAUGACACGAAACACAGAUUUUUUUCAAUUUCUGAUCAUUCCACAAUUGUUUGAAGAAAUAAUGCAAUACCGUCAAUUUAAAAUAAAAUAGUUUCUCUUCUUUUUUUAGUAUAAAAGGACCAAGUUCCCAUAGCACAGAAGCACAAAUGUGGGAUUUUAUGCAAUGUAGAUAACAGCAUUUGGCAGCUAGAGAUCCCUUUUCACCGAAUCUCCCUAUUUUGAGUAGAGUUUCUAUAGGGAAACGACCUAAGGGUCUCUUAGCAACUCUCACCAGCAACACACCUGGGACUCCAGGAAGUUGUACAGAUGUGAGGAAGAAGUCGUAGCUCCUCUUCCUGUUGUUUCCACUAAUUGCCCUCAGAGCAUAUACUUUAUAUGUGAUGCUAACUAUAUGAUAUCAUACUAAAUAAACAGCUUUGGCCAAACAUGGAGUGCUGGCUAUUUAAAAAGAAAAAACAAAAAAGCAUAGUCUAAGCAUACACCAGUCUUUUCACUUAGUGCUCAGAGGUCUCUAAUCUAAAAAGUAAAAGCAGAGGGAAGAAGAAAUGGCCUAAUUCUGUGGGUAUCAGUGGAGCUAUACUGUAUGAGCCUGGAUUAAUGCAAUAAUGAGCUUCCCUAUGGGACCAAAUCCCUCAAAUUCUCUUUAUUUUUGGCAAAUUCAUAAGAUGAAGUUUGAAUAGUCUCCACUGCCACAUUGAAUCAGGGAACUGAAUUUAUGGAAGGCAUUUUUUUGUUAAGAAACAUGGCAACAGGAUCUAUUUCAAUCCUUUUACCCCAACAUCCCACUUUUCAAAAGGUGGUUAUGUACUUCCAUAAAUGUCAUCUAAAUACCAUGGGAGCACCAGGGUCCAUGCAUUUGGUUCUUCUGGGCUGCAGUGACAUGCCACACUUCCACAGGAAGCAAGCUGAAAUGAGGGAGCUGAGCUGGCGGAGAGGCACAGGUAUACAGGCUCAAGCAAGGAACAAAUAUCUUCCCUACAAGCAGGCUGUGGCUCCUGAGCCCCCUGCUCUGCAGAGGAAAGCAGGAUUCAGUACCAAAGGGAGAAGAGCCAGGAAAGGCAGAGCAUGGUGGUGACAAAGCCCUGUACUGCACAGUUUGCGAGAGCAGACGGGAGCAAGACAUUGAAAAGUAUGCAAUGACAGCAGCAAGCACUUUCUUUCAGUUCCCCUCACUUUCUCUUGCCAUCCCCUCUUUUUGUCAUGAUUUGUGAGACUGCAAACAUACUUCUGUGGGCCCUUCAACCAGAACUGAAAACUGAAAGCAAGCCAAAGGGAGUGGACACUCCAUUUUGCCAAAGAUGUAAGCCUUUCCUGUUCCAGUAUUAAAAAAUCAAAUUUUAUUUCCAUGAUGAUGGCUGCCAUAGGAAGUAUUUUACCACAAAACAUGAUUCCCAGGACUUCAUCUCUCUAGCUGUAUAUUCAGGAGGAGCCACUCACACUUUCUAAGAGAGACUGUAAAUUGCCUUGUCAAGCAAGUGCUAAUUACAUUGGGUUUACCUUCUACUGAGUUCAUAUCUAGCUGCAGUUCCCCGGUCUCAUCCAUGUUUCCUCCCUCUACCUUUCUGCUCUUCUUUAGAAAAACAUCCCCGUGUCUGCCGUGUCCUGUUGUGCUGCUAGCUUUGUUUGGUCCUCGGGUGUCCAGUGGUCAGGCAGUCACUGUCAGCUGGCUUGCAAAUUGUAUUUUGUGUAUAUUUUAUUCUGACUGAAUUCUGAAAUGGAAAUAUUUUAAAACAAAAAUUAUAAACUAUUUAUGUUGCUUGUGUUGUAGAAUAAAGAAGCAAAUGCAAAAUAAA